UAGUCUUUCCUCCAUAUCCAGUCUAGUUCCUCGCUGAAAAAUGAUUAACUGUGGUUCAAGAAAGCACUUCUUUUUAUUUAUUUAUAUUAUAGCCAUAUUUAUUCCAAAAUUAAUCUUGGCUCAAAACUGUGGGUGUGCGGAAGGUUUGUGCUGCAGCAGAUGGGGUUAUUGUGGCACUGGAAAUGCAUAUUGUGGUCAAGGCUGUAAAGGGGGGCCUUGUUUUAUUACAGAAAACUAUGGAAUUUCAUCAGUUUCUCAAAUUGUUUCUGAACCAUUUUUCAAUGGAAUUGCUAAUCAAGCUGCUCCAAACUGUGAAGGCAAAGGAUUUUACACAAGAUCUGCCUUUCUUGAAGCUCUCAGGUCUUAUCCUCUAUUUGCAACUGCUGGUUCUUCUGAUGAUAAUAAGCGUGAAAUUGCUGCUUUCUUUGCUCAUGUUACCCAUGAGACUGGACAAAUGUGCUAUAGAAAUGAGAUAAAUGGUGCAUCUAGGGACUAUUGUGAUGAGACAAAUACAGAGUACCCUUGUGUCCUCGGCAAGAAAUAUUACGGCCGUGGACCGAUACAAUUGUCAUGGAAUUUCAACUAUGGACCGGCGGGGAAAGACAUCGGAUUCGAUGGCGUAAACGACCCCGAUAUCGUGGCUAGAGACAGUCUCAUAGCAUUCAAAACUGCGUUUUGGUAUUGGAUGAAUAAUUGCCAUUCUCUCAUAACUUCUGGCCAUGGUUUCGGGGCGACGAUUCGAGCCAUUAAUGGUCCGCUUGAGUGUAAUGGUGGAAAUCCAGAGCCUGUUGCCAGAAGGAUUCAAUAUUACACUGAGUAUUGUCAGCAACUUGGUGUAGAUACUGGGAAUAAUCUCACUUGUUAGGAGUCUUGAAAAAGGUUAAGUUUUCAGGAUAUGAUAUAUAUAUGUUAAUUCUAUGGUGACUGAAUUAGUAAAGACUAGAAAAUGGAAAUUUAGUCGGUUUAUUCCUAUAUAAGGAAUUGUAAUGUAAUGCAAAUUUCAUUUAAGAGCGAAUUAAAGGAAAUUACUAUAUGAGUUUGAUUCA